GAUGCUUUACCACCGAUUUGCGGUGUCUGGCCUUGCGUCGCCAGACCUGCAACUGGUGGAGGGCACGAUCGAUCGAAUCAAGAGCAGCUGGUCCAAUGGGCAAAAAACCGUCUGCAACCGGACUGGUCAGCUUCCGAUAUGGUACAUGAUGCCCUUGGACACGGAGAAAGCUUUCAAGGAAAUGGGAGUGACUGCGCAGUAG